AUGGACUCCAUGAGAUCGUUGAACACUUCCUUGCCGAGCUCGACUCCUCGUCCUCAGCCCCCUGAGCAACUCCUGCAGUCGUUCAAAGCUGCCGCCCUAUCCGUGACCAACCUAUACAAGAAUGCUGUCUGCGAACAAUCCCAGGCAAGGCAAGCGGGCUACCAGGAAGCAAUUGAGGAUCUGUUGCAGUUCCUCGACAGGGAGAAUUUGGGCUUAGGAGAUGGAGAAGGCUGGUCGGUUCGACAAUGGGCAACGGAGAGACUGGAUGGCAACGGAGUUCCUGGUAGCGACGAUGACGAUAUUGAGAAGCGAGCUAGGAGCACAACGCCGGCUGCAGUCCGCAAGGAACAACAUGGGCCAGACGCUUCGCAAUCACCACCCAAACCCGCCUCGUCUCCCCAGGAAGCGCACCAGCAGCAGCAACCAACACCAUCAUCACAGCUAGAAGCCAACUCCUUCGACAAACCAGCUAUUUUCACAUUCACGUCUGGCCCUUCGUUCCCUCAGCCUCAAGAGCAAGAUGUCGACAUGCAACCGUCGGAAAAUUCUUCCGAUGGAGCACCUGUUCUCUCCGUCUUCCCUCGCAACUCUCGCUCGCAGCAUCGCCACAACAACUUGACACGAUCCAACCAACGUACGUCGACACGAGAGCCAUCUGUCGGGGUAGGCUCGAAAAGGAAACUUGCCGUUCCUGACUUCUUUGACUUGUCCGAUAUGUUCGGAGGGGGUAAAAGGGGACGUUUCACCUAA